AUGGCGACACCCAACUCAAACCGUCCCAACCCUCACUCAAAACCAAGAGCAGGCUCAUCCCACACCGAAUCCCAAGCUGCCGAGUCCCAGAGCGCCAUGAAUCAAGAUCAGGACUGGUACGGUCAAGCUCCGUCCCAGCCCUCUGAGGAACCGCCCUAUCAAUACUUGAUGCCCCAGGACUUUGAUCAGGACGCACUUGCCGAGAGCCGAACCCCUGCAUGGAUCAACGGCGAAACCUCGAGCCCGGCCCUUUAUCACGACAGGUCGUCGCACGAAUAUCUCGCCCCGGCCGGAAGUUCACAAUAUGGAAACAUGGAACAGUACAGCUAUUCUUCGGGCACGGCUUCGGGAGACCCGGCGACAGCGUCUUUCGGCCAUUCCGUCCAUGACGGCUCGUCGGUUGGCUCUACUUGGGCCCCAAUCACGCCGACGACUCCGCUUGAAGGUGAUGGCCUGACCAGCUACUUCCACGGCCACCCAGGCUCGGUGAGCUACGCCGGAAGUGCCCCGGCAUCGCCAGCGGGCGUGGAAACUGUUCCCCACGGCUGGGUGAACAUCACCUCGUAUGUCCACCAUGCAUACUCUGGGCUGCCAGAGGAUCACACGGCACCACUUGGAGACUUCAGCCAAAGUCGAUCUUUGGGGUACAGCCUCGCGGGAUCCAACUCCACUAGGACGCUCUCCAACAAUGAUGGCAGUAACAAUGAUGGCAGCAACAAUGAUGGCAGCAACAAUGAUGGCAGCAACAAUGAUAGCAGCGAGGGUUCCGAAGACGGUUCCGCGCGCACCAAGAAGAGCAGGGAAUCGCAAACUAAGGCGGGUCGAGAAAGUCAACGUGCCAAGAGCAACAAGACAUCAGAAGGGGGAAAGUCUCCGCCGUCGUCGAGGAGACGGAAGGCCAAACAAUCGGGUGGGGAAGCAACGGCGGCGGUGCCUGGUCCACCACCAGGUCCGGCGUUGCGGACGGCAGCUCGUCGGACGAGGCGCACCCAGGGUCCAAUGAAGCCUGGCGAGUCGCCCCAGCAGCGGCUCGCAAGGACCAACCACAACCAGGUGGAGAAGCAGUAUCGGGGUCGACUGCACCAAGGCUUUGAGCUGUUGCUGAAGGCACUGCCUGAGGCCGAGGGAGAGGGUGGCGCUGGCGCUGGCGAGGACGGUGCGAGUUCCCCGACCUCAAGUCCGAAUCGGAAGAAGCGAUUGAGCAAGUACGAGGUCGUUCGAAGCGCCGGAUGUCAUAUCUUAUCGCUGGAGGACGAGGUGAAGGGUUUGAGGAGGAAGGUCGAGCUUCUGACGGAAGGGAAAGAAGUGCCUGGUGAGAGCGUAGACAACAAAGUCAACAGGAAGUUGGAAUGA